GACGGCGGCGGCGUGGGCUGGGCUCGAGCAGGCGGUGGCACCUCCGAUUCCCCGGAGCGGGAGCCCACGCGGGCGGGCGCCUGAAACAAAGAGAAGCGGGAGUCUGGACGCCGCGGAUAGGCAGGCAGUCGGUCCGCGUCGAGCCGGCCAGCGGGUGCCCAGCGUUUAAUCCCCGGAGCCCGGCCGGCCGGCGCGGCCUCAGGGCGGGAAGAUGCCGCGCGUCGUGCCCGACCAGAGAAGCAAGUUCGAGAACGAGGAGUUCUUCAGGAAGCUGAGCCGCGAGUGUGAGAUUAAGUACACGGGCUUCAGAGACCGGCCCCACGAGGAGCGCCAGACGCGCUUCCAGAAUGCCUGCCGGGACGGCCGCUCGGAGAUCGCUUUUGUGGCUACAGGAACCAAUCUGUCUCUCCAGUUUUUUCCGGCCAGCUGGCAGGGAGAACAGCGACAAACACCUAGUCGGGAAUAUGUCGACUUAGAAAGAGAAGCAGGCAAGGUGUAUUUGAAGGCUCCCAUGAUUCUGAACGGAGUCUGUGUUAUCUGGAAAGGCUGGAUUGAUCUCCACAGACUGGAUGGUAUGGGCUGCCUGGAGUUUGAUGAGGAGCGAGCCCAGCAGGAAGAUGCAUUAGCACAACAGGCCUUCGAAGAGGCUCGGAGAAGGACACGUGAAUUUGAAGAUAGAGACAGGUCUCACCGGGAGGAAAUGGAGGUGAGAGUUUCACAGCUGCUGGCAGUAACUGGCAAGAAGACAACAAGACCCUAGUCCUGGUUCCAAUUUAGGUGGUGGUGAUGAUCUCAAACUUCGCUAACAGUAGCACAGCAGAUGUGCUGACCAUCUUUACAUACAUACUGCUUCUAGUUAACAGAAACAAUUCAUUGUAAGACCAGAAACUGUGAUAACUGGAGGUACUACCGUCUAUUUUCCAACCCAAGGCAGUAAAAGACAUCACAAACUGCCAUGGUUUUGCACUAUGACUAUAAUACUUGCAUUUCUAAUUGUUAAAACAUGUAGCCAGUAAUAAUUUGAAAUUUUUUUCUAUGCAAGCUUACCUUGUUGGCAUUAUUUUAGUUGAGUUGUAAAACUCUUUCCCUCCAUUUUAAUUUAAAAAUCAUGUCAUUUUAAAGCAAGUUAAAAUUAAAAUUUAUAUCAGAGGAUUUUCUUUAAUCAAUUGCUUUAAAAAUGUAUUUUCAGAUGUGUUGGUUAUACAGCUUUUUAAAAAAUAAGCAUUCUUGGUUUUAUUUUCUCCACUUUUUGUGUUUUUAUAUUCUGCAGCAUUUUUAAAAUGUUGAUGUGUUUGCGCUACUUACAAGCUAAAAACCUAGUAGCAUAGAGCUGUCUGCCACAGCCCAACACGAAGUUUACAGUUGUUAAAGUCACAGUAUCCUUUUAAAUGCUAAUAAUCAAUACCGUCUUUCCUUUUUCAACAUAAAACUUGUAAAUUGGUAUUAACUCUGAUUUGCCCCAGAUCUGUUUUAUGUUCUGUAAUUAUGAAUUUGGGUGAAAGUAUUCUCCAUGGAUAAUAAUAUUCUACUGAAAUGCCUAGAGAAGUCACAGGAUGGCUUCUGUUUUAUUCAGGGAUUUUUUUUUUAAGUCAGUCAGAAAAGGGAUACUGUAAUUUCUUCAUGUAUGUAACAACAUACUAAACUGGAGACAGUGAUGAGUCAGCUACAAAGGUAAAUUGUAUUAAAAUCAUGCUUAAGAUAGCUGCUUUUAUGUGUAUUUUAUAUUGCAUGCUUUUGUAGAAACAAUAUGGAGCAAAGAAAGAUUAGUCUUAGAAAAUGUUAAUCUGUGCAGAGGAUACAUUUUCUUCCAUUCUAGGAUAAAACAUUCACAUAUUUUGCAAAAGGACUAUUAAUAGCACCUUUUGAGAUGAUUUAGUGUAAGAAUAUUUUUAAAUAGGCUCAAGUGUCAAAUCACAGCCUUUUUUAAAUACAAAACUGGAAACAUGCUUACAGAUACUUCUCAUGGUCAUAUUCAUUGGAUGUUACUACAUUUCUGAAUUUUUGCAAAAACGUAUUUUAUCAUAAUAAAAUGGCAUUAUUUUAAAGAAUUUGAAAAACUGACAUAGUCAAUUCAGAAAAUGAAAUCUGAAUAAGGUCAUCGAAUUUAAAAAACAUAUAAAGAUACUUGAUUGAUGGAGGUGUGACUUUAAUUGUAUAUAGGUUUUAUAAUUCAUAAAUAGAUGCCCUUGUAUCUCAGAAUAAAAGUAUUUGUUAUAUAUUUGAAGUCAUGCAUGGUAAGAAGUAUGUUUGAAUUGUUCUAAACAAUGCGAUGUAAAAGACCAUGCUGAUCUUGUGUAACUGAGUACUGUGAGUGAAUUUGGUUAGUGUCUGGUGGUGUACAGCUCACGUUUACUCUCAGUGCCCUGCCUCCUCUGCGGACACCUCAUACAAAUCUCACAGUGGUGUGUGGGGCUGUCGUGGAGCUCUCUGAUUUUGACUUCUGCACUUCUUUUCUUUUUAAGCAGCAUGAUGGUACAUUUUCCUCAGUUACUUCUAGCCAAUGGCUUUCAUCACGCCAGUAAAUAAGAUCAUAUGCUAUUAAAUAUUCUUCUUGCCAUCCUGUAAAUAUUGAAUCUUUUCUGUCAUUUAGCACUGCUCUGCUUCUGUUUGUCUUAAUGCUGGCGUUAAGAUUCAUAGGUUCUUUUUCUUCAGUAGUCCAAGCUUUGGAAAAAAAAUGUUUUUAAGUUAUUGGUGCAGUUUGAUAUUUUUUCAUGAUCUAUAUUUAAAAGUACAUCAUUGCAUCAUCUUUUUAAAAUUCAUCUCCAUUAAAACUUGCCUUUUGCCUUAAGCCACCAGAUUGUUUUUGCUACCAUUAGCCAUACUGUGUUUUUUGUAUGCUUAAUUCACUUUCACAAUAAAAUUAUGUGUAGUGAAAA